UGCUCAAGAUUUUUCUUUUUUAGAGACCCGAUUUUUUAGCAUUUUUAUUUCUACUUCUAUUUAAUAGAUUCACUGUUUCUAUCUAUGUAUGUGUUGAUACUGAAUUACUACAUUUAAUAUAUUGUCAUUAAUAAUUAAUUUAUUUACUGUAAGUUAGCAAGUGACCUCACUGCCCCAAAAAAACAAAAAGAAAAUAAUGUUGCAAGAAAGAAAGAAAGAAAAUAAAAAAGGCAGUGUUUCAGUGACCACUGACCAGUUAUAAAUUCAUUGUCAGUAACUCAAAUCUCACCUUCACACCACUUGUAUUAUACCAUUCUCUGGAAUUUUUAUAGCAGUUAUUUUGUUUCUCUUUCUCUCUCAAGUUUGUGAGAUUGGUUUAUUGUUGUUAUUGUUGCUCACCACCUGUUUGUGUUUUUGUUUGUGAAACGAAGAGUGACAAGUAACCAUACACAUAGCUGAAGAUCCAUAUCUAUCCAUCUAAUCAUUUUUAAUUUUUUAUAGCUUUAGCAAGAAGGUAGCAACACAACAAUGGUGGUGAAGAAACCACGGAUUGUGAUAAUUGGGCAACAGCUUCAAAGGACUUAUUUGAGCUCUGUGUUGUUGAAGGUGGAACAAGGAUUGGUGGCAGAAUAAACACCUCAGAGUUUGGUGGUGACAGGAUUGAGAUGGGUGCUACUUGGAUCCAUGGAAUUGGGGGCAGCCCAAUUCACAAGAUUGCUCAAGAAAUCCAUUCUUUGCACUCUGACCAGCCAUGGGAGUGCAUGGAUGGGGACUCAGAAGAGCUAACCACCGUAGCUGAAGGUGGAUUCCAGUUACAACCCUCCAUUGUUGAUCCUAUCACUAAACUUUUCAAGCAUCUCAUGGACUAUUCCCAAGGGAAGAUGAAGCUUCUCACUGAGCAGGACAACACUGGCUAUUACCAUAGCCUUGCUGCUAAGGCUUUCAGCAUGUCAAAGGCCAAAAGUGGUUCUGGGGGACUUAGUGUUGGUUCCUUUCUCAGAGAGGGCCUUGAUGCUUACUGGGGUUCAGUGAUGAAGAAGGGGCAUGAUGAUUAUGAUGAUGAUGAUGUCAAAGGGUAUUAUGGGAACUGGACAAGGAAGUUACUUGAAGAAGCAAUCUUUGCAAUGCAUGAGAACACUCAGAGGACAUACACAUCAGCUGGUAACCUUAUGAGUCUGGAUUACAGGGCUGAGAGUGAAUACAUAAUGUUCCCAGAUGAAGAAAUCACAAUUGCUAAGGGCUACUUGAGCAUAAUUGAGCACUUAGCUUCUGUGUUGCCACCAGGCCUAGUUCAGCUAGGUAGGAAAGUCACUAAGAUUGAGUGGCAGCCACAGAACCAGAACCAGAACCAGAGGGACAUUGAUGAAGGAGGGAGAAAGGUUUGUGUGGAGAAUGGUGGUUCUUGUUGUUCUUGUUCUAGGCCUGUGAAGCUACAUUUCAGUGAUGGUUCUUCUAUUUCUGCUGAUCAUGUCAUUGUCACUGUUUCACUUGGGGUGCUAAAAGCUGCUAUCCGUGAUCAUGAUAAAGGUGAUUCAGAUUCAGGUAUGUUCUGUCCUCCUCUUCCACCAUCAAAGGCUGAGGCAAUUUCAAGACUUGGUUUUGGCGUUGUUAACAAGUUGUUUAUGCAAUUGAGUCCAACACAACAAACACAAACACAACACCACCAUGUUAACCACAAAGGGUUCCCUUUCUUGCAAAUGGCUUUCCAUUCACCUCACUCUGAGAUGAGGCACAAGAAAAUACCAUGGUGGAUGAGGAGAACAGCUACCCUUUUUCCCAUAUACAACAACUCUACGGUCCUGUUGUCUUGGUUUGCUGGGGAGGAAGCACUAGCACUUGAAUCACUCAAGGAUGAAGAGAUCAUUAAUGGGGUUUCAACUACAGUCUCAAGCCUCCUAUCACAUUCCCAGUGGCAGAAAGGUUCAGAUUCACAUAAAUUGUGCAAUGGGAAUGUUAAUUCUUCUGAGGAGAGAUAUCAGGAAAAUGAAGUGAGAUUCAGCAGUGUGAUGAAGAGCAAAUGGGGAACUGAUCCACUAUUCUUAGGAUCAUACAGUUAUGUUGCAGUAGGAUCAAGUGGUGAUGAUUUAGAUACAAUGGCUGAGCCAUUGCCAAAAGAUAGCAAUUGUCACCCUUCAGCCUCAUCAUACCCUCUUCAAAUUUUGUUUGCAGGGGAAGCAACUCACAGAACUCAUUAUUCUACAACUCAUGGAGCUUACUUCAGUGGCCUUAGGGAAGCCAAUAGGCUUCUUCAACAUUAUCACUGUGUUGGGAUUUAUAACAACUAGUAUUAUUAUCGUUAUUAUUAUUUUUGGUUCCUUUUUUGUUUUUAUCAAAUUUUUAACAUUAAUCUCUAUGAUAUAAUUCCCAUUUUCAUCUUAAAACAUCUUUGUUUCUCUUUAAGGAAAGUAGUGAGUGAAUGAGAGAAAUCAAAAUUAGAAAGAGUAGCAAGAUGAAUAGUGAGAUGUGGACAUUUAGCUGUACUGCUUGAAGUAAUUCUUUCUCCCUUCCCCCAACCCAACCCCAAUAUUUAUUUCUCUUCAUUUAUGAGUGUAGCUUCUUUUCGUUUGCUUCC